AUGGCGAUGUCCGACACGGAGAUUCGAUGGGCUCUGGAAAUCAAACGAGCCGUGAGAGAGGAAAUCGACAGGGGAAAGGACAGCUCCAAGAAUAAUCAAGAAGCAGAUGAUUGUCGGUUCCGCCGCGAACUGAGUGAUUUUGAAUACAGUCAGUAUGCCUUGAGUACGAAAGGAAAUCUGGAAAAUGCCCUCGACCGCAUCGAAAAGAUGAUGUACUUUCAGGAAGAAUAUAACAUUAUCGAUACUGUGGAGGAAGGCAUGGCACUGCUGGAAGCAUUUAGCAAGCUGAUGCCGUGGUUCCUGGUAUCCGUCGAGUUUGCUCCCGAAUUUGGACAUUUCGUGUCCGUGUUGGAUUAUGCCAAACUCAAUCCAAAGGCAGUCGAUUUCCCAGCCGAUUGGAGAGCCUGGCUGGGCGGCUUUUACUAUCUCUUGCAGCUACAACACAGCAAUCUAUCGGCGUGUCGGCAGGGCAUGGUCAACAUUUGCGAGUGUGAGGGCAUGGGAUACAAGAACAUCAAUGUGGACUUUUUCUAUCGCACAUGGUCCCACCUGGGUGAAUUCUACCCGCACAUGUACAAGGAAGUCUCGUGGUUGCAUACACCGCUCGAAAGCAACUUGCUAUACGCCUCCUUCAAAAACAUCAUGGGAGAGUUUGCCAGUAUCAUUCAAGUGGGCUGCCACUUUAGCGGAUACGAUGGACGCAUUGACGAAAUGUUCAAAGUGCCGUCGGAAGCCGAUGCUAAACUCCGAUUGGAUGUACAAGUCGAGUCCUAUUUGAGAGUACGCUAUUAUCAUCAGUCCAGCUUUGUACUGCCCGAGCCGACGGCGGAACAACAGCAAGAGGACGAAGCUUCUUCCAUGAUGUCGUCGUCUGCGGAAAGUGACGAAGAUGAUAACGACUCGGAUGGCGAGGAGAUGAUGUAA